GGGCAGGUAAACAUUUGUAUUUUGUACAUUUGUAUGUGGGCCGGUAAACAUUUGUGCAUCAUUCCCGUUACUUGUGAGGCAUGAAUGGACACGAAAGAGCCUACGUAUCUGUGAUGCAAGAUGAAGCUGGGGUUGACGAAGACAAUGCGUUUAAGGGUGACGAUCUGCACAGCAUAGAGCUUCAGAAGUUCACGGGCAAGAGCAGCUUGUACGUACCCCGCACGGCGCCUCUCCCACCUGAGCCCGACGUGAGGACGUGUGGGCUUCCACUGUCACGUCUGCGCAGCUGCUGCUUCAUUCUCUCGAUCGUACUCGCAUUUGCAUUUGUCCUUGUCUUUCUGUUCGUGGUGCCGUGCCACGACAACUGCGUCUCCUGUGAUAAACCCCAAUCCGACUGGACACGUGAGUUUCCGAACAGUGACUCACACUCACUGGUGGUAGUUGAACUGGAGGAUGGGAGCAAGGUCAUUCUGGUGCCUUACACAAACUUUGCUGAAGGAGUCGUAACGGACUGUGGAAAUGAAGCGGAUACUGAUAGUUGCCCGGGCGGAGUAAUGGCGCUCUCGGGAGAUGACGGGGCCAUCCUGUGGAGAACAGGGCUGAAUGGCCGCCCCCGGUCGCUCAUCUGUGCAACACUACAGGAGCUACAACGACAAGAAUGCUUCCUUAUUGCAUCUGGAGACUCCCUGGCCAAUGUGGAUCCAGAAAACGGUCACAUCAUCUGCUAGUAAGCUAAUGCUGCUAUCCAGUGCAUCUGGUCAGAUGUUGGGUUCACCAAUGAGUCUUCCAGAUGUAACGCUUGCGAAUGAUCCCGUCCUCUACGAAAGAUCAAAUGGUGCUAUCCACAUUCUGCUCAAUGCGGUAUCAAGUGAUAGAAAAGCUACUUUAUUGGGGCUUUCCUUGCGAGAUCUCUACAGGAAUGCUGUCAAUGUGAGCAUACCAGAUACUGCUUCCCUGCAGGUAAGCGUGAUGGCGAGUGGAGACUGGAACAGAGUGGAACCGCCAGAUAACAUGGGACUCCAGGUUCUAUACAGGAGUCUUGGCGACGCCCCGACGCACAUGCAGACGCCCAUCCUUGCCGAUCUUGAUCGUGACUUGAUCGCUGAUGUGCUGCUGCUGGGAUACGACGGAGCGGUGACCGUCCUCGGUGGUCAAACUUUCACCGAGCUGUGGAAGGCGGAGUUUCCCGGAGCAGGGUCCUACAGCCCUCCGGCUGUAUCGUGGUACAACACAGAUGAGUAUCCAGAUAUUAUGGUGAACCAAAUGCAUGGUCACAAUGCAACGGUCCUGAUACUCGAUGGCAGCACAGGCAGCAUCUUGUGGUCCCUGCAGGUGCCCAGUCACGAGCAUGGAGCUCCCGUUGCCAUGGUUACUGCAGACAGCUUUGCUAGCACGUUUGUCUUUAUGGUUCAUGGAAGAAUCGGGGAUAAUGGCACUGUGCUGUCUGUCACCAGCGAAGCACAAUUGUGUAGCAGUCACAGCACUACUGUGGGUCUGAAUGUCUACGCUAUUGACUCCAGCAUGGGGGAGACUGCAUUACAUCUGACAGAGCAGUUGCCAAGAAUCUACUCAAUUGGAAUGAACAAACAGGAUGAAAGAAAGAAGAGUUGUACGGUGCUGACACCUGGUGAGGAACCAUCAGUUUCCAUCGCACACAUUUCGUCAGCGGUUACGAAGGAUGUGAUAUUACAGGUGGCACUGCAAGCCGACGACGGCAACGGUGAUUCGAUGCUAGUUCUCAGGAAGCUGUCCUAUGAGGAAGCCCUGCGCAGGGAUUCAAUUGUGCACCUGUGAUUCCACACCUACUGCGUCACUCCCUCGCUCACGCCUGUACACCUGUGAUUCCCCACCUACUGUGUCACUCCCUCGCUCACGCCUGUACAUCUGUGAUUCCACACCUACUGCGUCACUCCCUCGCUCACGCCUAUGACGACACACGAUGCUGGUCUCUAACUUUGGUGCUUAUAUAUAUAUAUAUGUGUGUAUAUAUAUAUAUGUGUGUGUGUGUGUGUGUGCGUGUGUGUGUGCGUGUGUGCAUGCGUGCGUGUGUGCGUGUGUGUAGGGGGUCGUGGUAAUACCGAUAAUCAGUGUUUGGCAGCUUUAUACUAUUCAGGUUCUCACCAUGUAUGUAGGAAUAGAUGCUAGAGCUUCUUGUCUUUAAGAU